CUAUGGCUAUGGCUCUCUAAUUGUUAGUGCCCACAAAAAUGCCAAUUUCUACUUAUCAUUUCUUCCUUUUCGCUGAGAGAUUUCAGUUGCAAAAUGGGUUUAAUGGAGGCUUUAAUUUUUCUAUGCAAAGGACAGUUCUGGAGAAUGGCUGUUUUUUGGACUGUAUCUCUCAUCUUAUCUUACUUGCAGUUGUUUUCCCAAACACAUUUAUCGCGUAAAUCCAAAUUAUUUGAUCGUUGUUCAUCUACAUCAUCAUCUGCUAUCAGAAAACCAAUCUGCAUAAUUACAGGUGCCACAUCUGGUUUGGGUGCUGCUGUUUCCUAUGCCCUUGCUAAAGAAGGCUAUUGCGUUAUUCUUGCUGGAAGGUCAUUGCACUCAUUGUCAAAGGUUGUGUCUGAAAUCAAAGAACAGAUAAAUGAUGCUUGUGUAAAAGCUUUUCAGGUUGAUUUGUCGUCAUACAAGUCAAUCUUGAGCUUCAAACACUCCCUUCAACAGUGGCUGUUGGACUCAGAUUUGCAUUGCUCUGUCCAGCUCUUAAUAAAUAAUGCUGGAAUCCUUGCGACAUCAUACAGAAUCACUACAGAACAAUGUGAUCAGAUGGUGUCAACUAAUUAUAUUGGUCCAUUUUGUCUUACAAAACUUCUUUUGCCGCUUCUAGAACAGAGUCCUAUCCAUUCUCGUGUUGUUAAUGUUACAUCAUUCACGCAUCGAAAUGUGUCUAGCAUGGAGGUCACCAGAGAAACAAUAUCUGGGCAGUGGUUUUCAAAAUUAAGUUCCUAUCCAUUUGCUCAUGUAUAUGAGUACUCCAAAUUAUGCCUUCUGCUCUUCACAUAUGAGCUUCAUCGGCAAGUUGGUCUGGCGGAGAAAUCACAUAGUGUCUCCGUCAUUGCUGCAGAUCCUGGAGUUGUGAAAACCAACAUUAUGCGAGAAAUUCCGUCAUGCCUCUCAUGGUUGGCUUUCUUCGUUUUGAAACUUUUGGGCCUUUUGCAGUCUCCCGAAGUAGGAAUUACCUCUGUUCUAGAUGCAGUACAUGCGCCACCAGAAACCUCGGGAGUAUACUUCUUUGGAGGAAAUGGUAGAACUCUAAGAUCUUCUCAGCUUUCUUAUAACUCCAAACUCGCAAAGGAUCUCUGGGAUGCUUCGUCUCAAAUUUUCCUUGAGCGUCAGCUUGCUUCCCGGGAUACAACUUGAACAGAGAGAUUAAACCUGAUCAAGAAUUUGAAGAAUAAUGGUGUUCUUGAAGAGAGUGUAGGGAUGUUGUCAUUUGUACAGAUACUACUAUUCAAUUUUCUCUCAUUUUAGAAGAUGUAGAGAUAGUCACAUAAUUUAGAUUUUUAGUUCUUUAUAAUUAACUAUUUAAUUUUAUAUGAGUAUCGUAUUUGAUUAUUUGUUUUAUAAUUUUGAAUGGUAUUUAUGACAGGAUAGAGUUACCGGUGAUGACCAAUUUUUCUCU